AUGUCGCGCUGGGGUAGAGGCCGAAGCGGCAGUGUGGCUGUGCCGCUCGAUAGUGCCCUUUUUAGAGAGAAUAGUAACUGUCCUUCAGCCGCCCGUUCCGCGGGUACUGUGGGAAAGUGGGGAAUCACAAGUUUUACGUCAAUCAGGAGCGCUCCUUACGCUUUCCAAAGUAAUGUACACAAAAAGCCUGUUCAAGAUCAAAAUAGUCCAUUGACAGUGCCUGCAGUUGAAACAGAACAACCUCCUCCAAAGCCCAAAAAGUUUUUCAAAUCACGGAAUACUGAACAAUACCCACCAGUUCCACAAAUAACAUAUGCUCCUCCUGUGCUUCCUGCACCACUUUCACCAGAACAUACUACAAAAGAAAAGAAAACUAAAAGGGGUAGAUAUAAUAGAGAUUCAUCUUCACCUGAAUUGCCUCGACGUAAUUCAGAAAAAUCUCGAGGUAAAAAGUCCUCUAUUGCUACUAAAGCAGCCAGAAAAGAAGACCCUUCUGCUGAAAGUUCACAGCCGCCCAAUAAACGUUAUUUGGUACGGAAUCGUGAUAAAGUAAUAAAUUAUGCAGAAGAUGGUAGUAAUAGCCCCAUACCAGAAUUUUCUAGAUAUGAAUCAUUACAACCCAAGGUUUCUACUCCUAAAGCCAGUCCUCUUAUAGAGAGCCACUCACCGAAAGCAGUUGCUAGUUUGUCCCCUGCUAAAACAGAAGUUGUCAGUCCCUCUACUAGUAAAGAUAGUAAUGAAGAGAGAAAACCUCCUCCGAUAGUGCUACGCAUCUCAAAAGGCACUUCAAGAAUUGUAAGCACAGAUUCCAAUGAAGGUUUCACAUCUCCAGGGUCUGAUAGACAUUCUUCACUUGAUAAUCAUUCAGAGUUAGGGUUGGAUCACAAAAAGAGUCCAUCUAUGGAGGCUAUAUGUUCACCAAAGCAUGAAGGUCUUAAAAUAACUAUUAAAUGUUCAGGAUACAAUCAAGAAGGCAAGAAGGAAAAGAAAAAAGAUAAAAAAGAUAGUCACAAAUCACAUAAAAAACAUCACAAAGCAUCUUCUGAUGAUGAACCGCUUAAGAAGCCCAGUUCUCCGCAACCUGGGUCAGAAAAUUAUGAGCUGUAUAAUACACUUGCUUCCCCAGUACAUACACCAAUUCAAGAAAAGAAUUCCAAUAAGAAUAAGCAAAUAGAUCUAAUAGAGUGUCAAUUGGCUAAGUUAGACGCAACUCCAGAGGAGAAUGAAGUUAAUGAACCAGUUUUGGAACCCAAGACAUUGGAACCGUCAUCAGGGAGAUCCAGAAGAAAUAGACCUAAUGUUAACUACAAUGAAACAGAUGAUGAGGUAUACAAUAUAGCAGCAGGUCUGGCUAAACAAGCAACAAAGACUGUUAGUGACAUUAAAAGAGAAUCGAGGAAAACUAGAAAAAAGCAUGACCUAGUAGCAGAUAGUAUUGUUAAUGAUACACCUGAAGGUCCAUUAGAAACGGAAAUGCAAAGCCCAUCUGAAUCUCCCAUGGAACAUGACGAUUUGAUUAAUAUUCUCUCAGGAAAUGACACAAGUGACAGUAUACUGAAACUUAAACUAAAUAAAAAACAAAAACACAAGCAUAACAAACAUUCUAGUCCAGAAUUGACAGAGGUACCAGAUGGUAUUCUAAAUAAUGACUUACGGAAUAAAGAACAGCUAACAGAACAAGAACAUGUAGUUGAAGCUCCGCAAGAAGUGAAUGAAGUUUCAAAUCUAAUACAGACACAGUCCUCAGACUCUGCCUAUAAUAGUUGUCCCAAUGAACUCUCAGAAGAAGAGUCACAAAAGCUAUCUCAUGAUGUGUUCAAAUCGCCACAUUCAGAAGAUCAUAGUGAAGACAAACCAAGUGUCAAGCUAGUGAUCACUAAGAAAAAAGGUUCUAUAUUUAAAAGUAAAUCUUUAGGGAAUGAUGACCCUUCACCACUGCCUGCAAGAAAACGACGGCAUCUUUACAAACAUGAAUGGGCUAAUGAUAAGGGCAAUGAAACUCCUAGACCAGAGCGGCCUGAAACGACAGUCCAAAAUCCAGUUGCUCAGUUAUCUGAAGAGCUAACUAGAGUGACUCGGUAUAGGGCAGCUGACCCCAUCCUCGAUGAUCCAAUAUCUAAUGAAACUGUAAAACCUUACACUAGCGUAAAAUGUGCAAAGGAAGCAAAAGAGUACUAUACAGUUGUAAGAAAUGUGAAGAAGGCCCAUCAGAUACAAGAAAUUGGCGAAUUUCAAGAGUUUAAUGACGAUGUUGAGUAUCUUCUGGACGCUUUACAGGACAACAAUCCCAUGUCUACUCGCUGCCUGUCCGCUAUCACGCUAGCCAGUAAGUGCACCGCGCCGGCGUUCCGCAUGCAUUUGCGAGCACACGGCACCGUGCAGAAAUUCUUCAGCGCGCUGCAUGACGCCACCAAUGAUCAGAGCUUGGGGUUGUGUACAGCCACAGUGAUGUUUGUGCUCUCCCAAGAUCGUCUCAAUAUGGAUUUGGAUCGCGAGUCCCUAGAGCUCAUGUUGAAUCUUCUAGAGUCCGAUGCCUCUCACAAAAAUGCCUUGGACGAUUGCGGCCUAACGUCGGCACAGCUUGCCAAGACACAAGAAAGAGUACGAGAGUUAUGCGCUGAAAUCAAAAACCAAGGGAAGGCCAAACAUCUAGAUUUGGAUAACAUUACUGUCGGUCAUUUAGCCAUGGAAACUCUUCUAUCUCUAACCUCAAAACGAGCGGGCGAAUGGUUCAAGGAGGAACUACGGAACCUCGGUGGUGUGGAUCAUAUCGUGCGCACGAUACAAGACUGCGUAGAGCGUUUGCAAGCGCCGGCCGCUGUUUGGACGGAUGCGCACCUCGACGUGCUUAGGAAGGCGGACCGGUGUAUGAGAGUGCUUGAGAAUGUAACACAAAUGAAUGAAGCAAACCAGCAACACUUGAUAGGAGGCAACCUGGGCGCGGCAGGCACCUUGUCCACUCUACUGCGACGCUGUGUGACCGAGGCGCGCGCUCAUCUGCACUUACGCACUGCUCUACUCGACGCCGCUUUACCCGCCGUCAAAGUUCUGGUUAACCUAUCGCAUUCGUUUGGUGGAUCGACGUCGUCAGUGGGUGCUCAGGUGGUCGGCGAACAAUCUUCCGUGAUGGAAAUGUGUCUCAUAAUGUUAAACAACCAGGACAACUUCAUACCUGACUCCAACAACUUUGACUUCUGUGUCUGUGUGUUGAUGCUGCUUAUAAACCUAGUACAAAACAACGAAAUUAAUACCCAACGUUUGCUAAGUCUUCGGAUACGCGUUGAUCACGAGCAUGACGUCAUCUCGAGAAGCGUGUCUGCGUUGGACCUUAUUUUGGAUUUAUUCUACAAGAGAGUGGAACUUGCUAGGCGAGCUGAGGAGAACACAGAUGCCUUGCUGGAUGGCGAAAAAGAUGGCGACAGUGAUAAUAAGAAACAGCAAGACGACAUUGAUGAGACUGUCGCUAAAUUGUUGGCUCGAGCGGGUACGCACAUGGAGCAUACGAUGGUUGGCGCAUACAUCGCUCUCCUGGUGGGUAACAUGGCGGUGGUGUCACGCGCACACGCGGAUGCGGUGCGGGCACGUCUGCCCACAUACGCACCGCUUCUGCCUACUCUGAACAAAUACUACACCUUCCUGUCUCUCACUGCCAGCGCGGAAGCGGCGAUUGUGGCUCACGUGAAAUCGACUCACCGAAUAAUUCAAUUCAUGGAAGCCAGCGACAAAGAGAGCUUACCCGCUGAGCCGCCCGCUCCAGCGGCCCCAUACACUAGCGCUUACCCUAAUUACUAUCAAACGUCGCCGUCGGACGUCCCCCAAGAUAUGUCACUGAGCAACCUCAAUUACAGCAUGAAUUACAGUUCAUCCAGCUCCGACAGGAUGUCAUCGUCUAUGGGGGUCGAUGGCUACCACUGA